AUGGCUGGGAACAAUUUCACUGAGGUGACUCUCUUCAUCCUCUCUGGAUUUGCAGAUCACCCUGAACUGCAAGUCAGCCUUUUCAUGGUGUUUUUCUUGGUUUACCUAUUUACUGUCUUGGGGAACCUUGGACUAAUCAUGUUAAUCAGAAUUGAUGCUCAUCUUCAUACACCUAUGUACUUUUUUCUUAGCAAUUUAGCAUUGAUUGACAUAGUCUAUUCCUCCACUGUAACACCCAAAGUGCUGGUGAAUUUCCAAUCCGAACAGAAAACCAUCUCGUUUGUGGGCUGCUUUGUGCAAAUGUACUUUUUUGUCGGUUUGGUGUGCAGUGAGUGUUUCCUUCUGGGAUCAAUGGCCUAUGACCGCUAUGCAGCCAUCUGCAAUCCCUUGUUGUAUUCAGUGGUCAUGUCCCAGAAAGUGUGUAACUGGCUGGCAGUGAUGCCAUAUACCAUAGGCUUCACAAACUCUCUGAUAUCCGUCUGUGUCAUAAGCCGAUUGGCUUUCUGUGACUCCAGCAUCAGUCACUUCUUCUGUGACACCACCGCCUUGUUGGCUCUGUCCUGCUCAGAUGCCUUCAGCACAGAACUGGUGAUCUUCAUCUUGGCUGGGUUCACGCUUCUCAGUUCUCUUCUCCUCAUCGCGGUCACUUAUGCUGCCAUCAUCUCAGCCAUCCUGGGCAUCCAGUCUGCGGCAGGCAGACAGAAGGCCUUUUCCACCUGCGCGUCCCACCUCAUGGGAGUAACUGUCUUCUAUGGGUCUCUGAUCUUCACAUAUUUGCAGCCUGACAACACAUCAUCCCUGAUGCAGGCCCAGGUGGCAUCUGUGUUCUAUACCAUUGUCAUUCCCAUGCUGAAUCCACUGAUCUAUAGUCUGAGGAACAAGGAUGUGAAAAAUGCUCUCCUGAGAGUCACACAGAGAAAACUAUUUCCAUGA